AUGCCCAGCCGCAUUGCCAGCUCCAUGUCGGGCACUCGAGUAAUUUUCGACGGCUUAUGGCGCUGUCUCUGCCCCUCUGUCGAUACGCAAGCUGCGGCCAGGCUCCUCAAUACACAGAUUGUUCCCAGAACAUCGCUUGCGACGCGCCAACGAAGUCACCUUGUCCCAUCAACCCGCCAUCCUGCGAAUCGUACACGAUGUCGAAGAUACACAACCGCCACAUCUUCGGCCGUGCAGGCAGAAGGACACUCGAAGCAUCACGAUAGCGAGGAGCUAGUUGAAGCCGACGCAGCUCGAGAAACAGAAGGGUCGGAAUCCGUGGACGACAAUCUCCCCGCCGUGAACGAGCAGCUCCGAGCAGCCUCGCUGCCUGCAAUCCUGGAUGCCUUGGAGGUCCUCCGGGGCCAACCCAAAAGUUUUAAAAAGGUCGCAACAAUCAUCACAUAUCUAGUGCGGGCUAGAGGCGUUGAGCUCAGCCCAAAACUCUACGAAGACUUGAUCGUGGCUACGGCCGAUGUUCAAGGAUCGGCGGCGUUCCUAGCACAGCUUUUUGCGGAGAUGAAGCGACUGCAGUUCACAACUUCGCCUUCAAUAUCCCAUGCCGCGUUAGCUGCUCUCGCGAUACAUCCCGAUUACUUACUUCGAAACGAGAUUCUUGCAGCAAUGAAGCAGUCGUGGACUGAGGUCGAUAUACCAGGACAGGCCCACGUUGCCAUCGGGCUACUCCGCGACGGUCAAAUCGAGCUGGCUUUCGACGCAAUAGAGAACCUAAUUCACAAGCAAGUACCGAUGGCUUCAUGGGUCUUUGACAUCUUCAUUUUCACCCUCGCCCAGCGCGGUUUUAUAGAUGAGGCGAUCAAGCUAGCGCAUAGCAAGAUUCACUCUUCUGAUGGCGAGACGGACGUUGCGUUGUGGUAUUCACUGCUCGACAAUUGCUCCGAGGCGUACCACUACGAGGGCACGCGAUACAUAUGGGGUAGGAUGCUGGAGAAGGACAAGGAGCAACUUUCGGACGGGGUGCUUCUCAACAUUAUCAACACGGCUGCCAGGCAGAACGACUAUCAGCUUGCCACAGGGGCUGCGCGGCUCGUCACGCAGAGGGGUGGAAAACUGGUUGCGCAUCAUUACGAGGCGCUGAUCGAAUGCUACGGCGGAGUCGGAGAUAUCGUGAGCGCAUUGCGGGUCUUGUGCAUCAUGUUCAAGGCCAUCUCAGUUGCGCCAUACGCCAGCACCCGUCCAAUCUACCAGAGAAUCAAGAAAGAGCCAGAGAGCAUCGACCCGGCUCUUAACACUCUUACUGAGCUUAUCCGCAGCUACAAAGUCCCCAUUGCCGCGCUCAAUGUCAUCAUUGAAGCCGCUGUCGAAACACACGGCUUCGCGAAAGCGUUGGAGAUCUACCAGAAUGCGCACAAGUACACCGAGGCCAGCCCUAAUCAUGUCACCAUUCGCUACGUUCUCCAAGCGUGCGAGGAUACGGAAGCUCUCAAGGCUCUUGUUGCGCAAAACCCAGAGUUGGCCCUCAAAGGCGAUCGCACUGUCUUUGCCAGGGUUGUGCAUGAGUACGCCGUGGCUGGUGAGCUGGACCUCGCGUACAAGUGUGUGAGAUUAUUCGGCGAAGCUCCUGCGCCGGUUGAGGGGCAACAACCCGAACUGGACAGUUUUUGGAUAAACAGGAAGACGCUACUCACCCUCGUCAGGAAGUCCCUUGACGUGCAGGACGUGCGGGUUUGGUGGUUGAUCGAGCAGGCCGAGAGACGGAAUAUGGACGUCCAGUCGGGCUUGUCGAAGGUGAUGGCAUCCGUUGCCGACGAGAUCAAGAGAAGUUCCGGAUUGGACCGAGAGGACACCGAGAUGACAUAUCGCUUCCCAUCAUAA